AGAAAGCCCAAAUAUUCUCAUCUCUAAGAGCCUUAUAACAGUGUAGCCCAAUAAAGAGCCCAUUCAUUUGCCUCUUACCUCUCAUCACUGGAAUCACCCAAUCGGAAAAAACCAACGUAAACGGGGAAAAAAAAAAAAGAUCAAACGCUCGACAACCGGAUUUUCUUCCGCCGGCAAACGAUGGCUGCCAGAGGCCUUUGCCGGAGACGCCUAAACAGUGUCAUGUGGAGAGUCAGUAGACUCUAUUGUACGGACCAAAGCUCAAGAGUCAAAAUCUUCGAUCGCAACCUCAAGCGCAAACAGCGAGAUAGAGCUGCGUGGUUGAUGCGUCCGAAGGAUUCUUUGCAGGAUGCAGUGGCUGAGAAUUUACUAGAUCGAUUGGAGGACUGUAAAAAGACAUUUCCUACAGCAUUAUGUAUGGGGGGUUCCUUGGAAGCAAUUAGGCGUCUGCUGAAUGGACGAGGGAAUGUGUUAUAUGGUGUUGCGGCUUUAAGGUUAAUUGAAUAAAAGGAUAAGAGGGUUGCUAUUAUUAUCAGGUGUCUUUGUCCUAUUCGGUGACAAAUGAAUAAUUUGGAAUUUUGGAUGAUGCCAGGCUUGGAUGUUUAAAUGUUGUCUCUCAUGCCCUUUGAAAGAAUUGUGAGGAAAUUAAAAUUAUGGAAUCUGAUAAAGCUAGCAAUCUAAAGGUAGAUACAACGGGACCAAAAUGAGUAGCUGAUCCAUACCCUGUUUAUUACGAUAUACUUAUAAAGAGUGAUGUGUAACGUGAGAGUUGUGUCUCCUUACUUACAAAGUCGUACUACUGAAAAUGUAAAAUUACCAGCUUUGCAUUUACUGGUUGGAAAUUUCAUUCAUAUGUAUCCAUUUAUCGUUCUCUUUUUUUCAUGUAGGAGUUAAUUUGUCUUUUGAAAACUAGUCUUGACUUUGCUGGACUCUUGUCUCGUCUUUUAACGUACAUUGGAUAAACAAUGCGAAGUGACUACAUCAUUGAACAGUAAUAGUGACCUAGUUAAUUAAUGGAUAUGGGACUGUAAUAUCCAUUUAAAGAAUAAAGACAAGAUACAAAAGGGCCAAAAGAUCACGUUAAGGAUUUUAGCUUGUAAAUAACCGGGGGUAUAUGUCCUACUCAGGUGGCAUAGAAAAACUUAUAAUGAUGGACACUUCACCGGACAUGGUGAAAUUAUGUAAAGAAAACGAACAUCAAUCACCUAACAAAAAUGUCGAAACAUCUUUCAUUGUCGGUGACGAAGAGUUUCUACCCGUGAAGGAAAGCUCUGUCGACCUGGUUAUUAGUAGCUUGGGACUUCAUUGGACUAAUGAUCUUCCAGGAGCCAUGAUUCAGAGUAGAUUGGCUCUCAAGCCCGACGGCUUGUUUUUGGCAGCUAUUCUGGGUGGAGAAACUUUAAGGGAACUGAGAAUAGCAUGCACAGUAGCACAAAUGGAGCGUGAAGGAGGCAUCAGUCCUCGGAUGUCACCCUUGGCUCAGGUACGUGAUGCAGGGAAUCUGCUGACUAGGGCAGGCUUCACUCUUCCUGGAGUUGAUGUUGACGAAUAUACUGUGAAAUAUAACAGCGCUCUGGAGCUGAUCGAACAUCUCCGUACCAUGGGUGAAACUAAUGCUUUACUCCAGAGGGGCAAAAUUUUGAAGAGAGAUACUGCUCUGGCUACAGCAGCUAUUUAUGAGUCGAUGUUUGCUGCAGAAGAUGGAACCAUCCCAGCUACAUUUCAGCAUGCACAUAUAGAUGUCAUUUGGAAAGUCUCGCCUAUCGAUUUUCAUAACUACAGCAUGUCCACAAGAUGCGAAUUGAUCCGACUAGGCCCUUCGUCCUAUGUGAUAUACAUGACCGGAUGGCGAGAGCACCCGUCUCAGCAGAAAGCUAAGAGGAGAGGAUCUGCCACAAUAUCCUUUGGUGACCUCCAAAAGCAAUUUGGAGAAGGGACUUAGCAAGUUUUUUUAGUCGAGAGCAAAUACGUACGCUUUAUAAAGUAUGCCAUAAUUACGCGAACAAUUCACAAAAAAUGACGGUAUAUCCUUUUUCACUUUUCUUGGGUAAUCCUCCUGAAUUGUAAUGACUUGUGCCAACAGAUUUUCCUUAUCACCAUUUGGAUUUCAAAGUUCAUGGAAUCAAAUAUUUCAAAACGUUAUUUUGUUGUGAAUUGUCAAAAGAAAAAAAACAACAACAACAACAACAACA